AUGCCCGCAUGUAUGCUGCCGCUGCUACUCACCACCACCACCACCACCACCUUCGCCUUCCUCCUGUCCACCGUCACCGCCCAAGCGCCCUUCAUAGGAGGCAAGUCCGGAAGCCAUACCGACCUCAAUCGCUGGUGUGGAAAGCCGUAUGACGCCGGGUGAGUGAGACUACACGAAUCGGGAGACAUGGCGCAUUUCUCACAACAUCACAGGUCGCCCAACUUCGAUCCGGGCGGGCGGCUGGGGCCUCCGCCAUCCUCGAAGCAGCCUCUGCUAGAUCUGCAGCUCCACACCAGGCAUACCAUCUACGACAGUGGCGAGCACAUGGGCGAGUUCAUCGUCAACGCCGCCCUAUCCCCAUUCCACGGACAGCCCCUUGGAAGUCAUUGGUCCAGCCUUCACGACUCUUCCCACGAGCUGGAUUUCCAAAUCACCAUUGACGGCUUCCGCAGUGCCCUGGUCUCCAACAAAGCCCUGCUCAACACCACCAGAAAUGUCUUCAGCUUCGGUUUGAGAGACUUGGAGCCGCGUCUAGAGCCAUAUAACGUCUCCUUGACCGCGAGGUCGGGAGGAGCCCCAGAGCAGGAGUCCUGGGAGGUCACCACGGACCUGUACUACCUGCCCAAGAAGAACAGCGGGAGCACGGUGAAGAUUGGUGGGUGCUUCCUUCCUCGCCAAAAUUGUACCGAUGCUCGGCUAAUUCAUCCAACUCAGACAAUCUUGAUGGUGGCUUGCUUGUGUCCAACAACGCCACAGGAUACACCUUCCAACCACUGCUCCCCUUCGGCUUCUACACAAAGUGCGAUACCUACCUGGAAUACAGUCUCGCCAACGUCUCGGCAUACAAGGACUACGGAUUCAACGCCCUCAAUCCAGUCUGCGCCUUUACAGAUGGCCAUCUGGGCUACUUGUAUGACUGGAUGGAUUCGCUGGAUCUGUGGUAUCAGUACGACAUGAGGGGCUCAUACACCAACCUCACCUCGGUUGCGGAGCAGAUCCCACUGGUGAAGGACCGCUCGAAUCUGCUUACCUGGUACACUGCCGACGAACCCGACGGCUGGGAAUAUGCCCUGAACAGCACACGUCUAGCCUACGAUCUCCUGAGAAAGCAGGACCCGUACCAUCCGACCGCGCUGGUACUGAAUUGCCAGAACUACUACUUCGAAAAUUACGCUGCUGGAGCAGACAUCAUCAUGGAAGAUGCAUACCCGGUUGGCAUUGACCCGACCUUCAGUCGCAAGUUCAACACAACCGUAAACGAAACAUAUGGAGAUGCUGGCUGCGACAACUGUAUCGGCUCGCUGCGGGAUGUCAGUGAUCGACUCGACGACUUUGUUGAAUAUCAGACUUGGCUGGGUGGCGUAGCAAAGCCACUCUGGGCAGUACUCCAAGCCUUUUCCGGCGAGCACUACUGGUCUCGAGACCCCACCCCCGAGGAGACCUGGGUCAUGAUGGUCUUGGGAUUCAACCACAAGGCGAAGGCGAUGAUGAGCUGGUGCUUCCCCUGGACUACGCGUCUGGAGAGCGCACACGGUGAGAUGGCCAAGGUCGCUUCAUCCAAAGAAGUCAGUCGAUUUCUACUCGGUGGCGAUCCUGUCGCCAUUGCGAGUAAUUCGUCCCUCGACAUCGCAUACUGGAGCGUCGCCAACCAGAUCCUAGUAUCCGUGGCGCACGUCGAGAACAGUACAAUCACUGACGCAGUAUCGAUUGAUCUGCCGCCGAACGUGACCCGCAUUCGAAGCCAGCCGUGGGGAUCGCUAUCAUGGAGUCUGGAGCGGGACGGAAAGCUUUGUACCUACGGACUGGACGGACUGGCGACCAGCAUGUUGAUCUUAGACAGAUGA